AUGUUUGCUUUAUCUUUGCCGUCUCAGUUUAUGUAUCUGCUCUAUUAUCAUUUUUUUUCUCUGGUAGGUGGAAAGGUGGCCAUGUUGCGAAGAUGUCGACGCUUGGCAAUGAAAUACGCGGACCUUGAACUGACCACGAGGGGUGAGUUUCCUCAUGGAAUGAAAGAGCCUGGGUUUGUGAAAAAAUUGGAUCAAAAUAUUCCGUGGUAUUUUUCUACGUACCGGUCAAUGUACCAUUGGCCCAUCACAGGCGAUAAUUGGAGCGACCUCAAUGAGGUGGAUAAACAUCAUGAUCUUCACAUGUUUUAUACUUUAGCGUGGUGGAAAUUAGGUGAAGGCAUUUUUGACGCGACUGAUGAAGAUAGAUAG